GCUAACGGCAUGGAAACAGGACAGACUUGGCCAUGUGGACAUCAUUUUCUCAGCUUCUCGGGGCCUCACUUGCUGCAUCAGUAAAAUGGGGGUGAGAAAAAGAUGCCACGAAUGAGAAGCCUUUGGUACAGCCCCUAGCUCACAGCCCAGCCGCCCAGCUCCUCUGCCCCCUGCUCACCUCCCCUCCCCUCGGGAUGAAGCCUCCCCCUCUUCUGACCUUCCUCUGCCUCCUGGUGGCCCUGGCCAGCGGGAACCUGGUCCAGUUUGGGGUGAUGAUCGAGAGGAUGACCGGGAAGCCAGCGCUGCAGUACAAUGACUACGGCUGCUACUGCGGCGUUGGGGGUUCCCACUGGCCCGUGGACCAGACGGACUGGUGCUGCCAUGCCCAUGACUGCUGCUACGGGCGCCUGGAGAAGAUGGGCUGUGAACCCAAGCUGGAAAGGUAUCUCUUCUCUGCCAGCAGGAACAACAUCUUCUGCGCCGGCCGAACCGUCUGCCAGCGUCAGACCUGCGAGUGUGACCGGACUGCCGCCCUCUGCUUCCGCCAGAACCUGGGCACCUACAACCGCAACUUCGUGCGCUAUCCCAACACACUGUGCAGCGGCCCCACACCGCCCUGCUAGGGUCAGGCCCACCUCUGCACUGGGCCUCGUCUCCAGCGGCCCCGGCCUGGGCAGCACUGACACCAAAGGCCCUCCCUCCAGAAAGUCCUUUCUCACACCCACCCCCCCCACCCCCGCCCCCGAGAGCUCCCAGACUGUGGCCUGGACCAUUUCUGGUCCUCCUAGGAAGAGUCAAGGGACCCUCUAGCACCCAAAAGAUUCUAUAACUCAGCCCUGAGAUCCCCGUUCCCUCUCCUAAGUAAGUGAAUAAUGUCCUAUGAUUCUAAUAUUCUCUGAUCCCCAGAUUCUAUCAUUAUAGGAUUUCAUUAGUCUACAGUUUCUUUCAUUCACUUUUUUUUUUCUUCCGAGUCUCUACCCCGUGCCAGCAAUGUGCUAAGCACUGGGAAUGCGGCAGGAACCAAUGGGACACGGUGACCUCCCCGGGUAAUUCUAACAUUCUGUCCUUUCCAUUUCCCCUUAUAGUAAGUUUUUGUGAUUCUCUUUUUCUAACAUUCUACAACCUUAUGCAAGACAGUAAUGGCGAUAUCCAGAAGGAAUAGAUCUGGCCAUAUGGUGUCAUGUGAGAAGCAUGAAAAAUACCAACCUAAAAAUAUUGUCCCCACCAUGUCAGCAGGCCUCAAAUCCCUCCGAUUAGCAGAAUGGCUAAGUGUGAAAAAAAAAAGCUCCAGAAUCAUCCAAACCCCUCCUUUGACCGAAAGGCGGCCAGGGGACAGAGAGGGAAUGUUCUACCUGCAGGGGUGUCUUCACUCCCAGCCAGCAUGCCUCUGUUUCUUCACACGUUGGUAUCAUCCAGUGACACCCUGCAUGGCCACGUAUGGCCAUGUCAACGUAACCCUCUGGUUGUCAUCUUGGAGAGCCCAGAGUGCCCAGAGAAGAUCCACUGAGAGCAUGCCCAGGCCGGGUCAGGCUUCUGAUAUGGGGGAGGCGGGGGGAGGAAAGAUGUCAGCCUCCAGCAUCUAACUCUGGAGCCACGAAGAUUUUAAGGCACUGAAGGUUCCCCCCAGGUGGGAUGCGGCCAACCCUGGAAGCAAGGUACGUCAGCAAAGUCUACUCCUCACUAUGGACAGAAUUAUCUCUACUCUCUACAGUAUGGUGAUAAAGCCUGCCAGGACUGGGAUGAGCCCAUUCAAUGAACAAGCAUGGGACAAGGUAUUACACAGAAGGGACCGAGCUCACAGCAGACACGC